AUGACAGCUUGGAUUGCAGACUAUGUAGCAAGUUGUCCUGUAUGUGCUAGGUACAAAGCUCCUCGUCAUCGUCCAUAUGGUUUGCUACAGCCACUAGCAACCCCAGACAGGCCCUGGGGCUCCAUAUCCCUCGACUUCAUCGAAGGACUACCAACAUCGAAGAAGUAUGACUCCAAGACCUAUGACUCUAUCUUAGUCAUUGUCGACAGGCUAACCAAGUUUGCCAUACUAGCUCCAACCCAUAAGACAGUCACGGCCAAACAGACUGCAGUAUUGCUAUAUGGACACAUGGUUAGACUCUUUGGAUAUCCAGAUCACAUGGUCUCGGACCGAGGCAGGCAGUUCAUAUCAGGAGCAUGGAAGGCAUUUGCAGAGCAAAUGGGUGUGAAGCACUCACUUAGCACGGCUUACCAUCCUCAAACUGAUGGUCAGACAGAGAGAGUCAAUCAGGUCAUAGAGCAAUAUCUCAGGAUGUACUGCAACUAUGAGCAGAAUGACUGGGCCAACCUGCUGGACACUGCGGCCUUUGUAUACAACAACACGGUCCACAACAGCAUUGGUGUCUCACCAUUCUUUGCAUGCUAUGGAUGGAACCCCAAAGCUCAUCCUGACAUCCCUCAACGACUAGGAGUCAAUGAUCCAGGUCGCUUCGAGUACCUCAUGGAUGGAAAGGAGCGUUGCAAGUACCUCCAGGAGCAGAUCAGAGAGGCACAACGUAGAUCAGUAGACCAGUAUAACAGGAAGCACAAGGACAUUGAGUUUAAGGUGGGUGAUAUGGUCUAUAUCAACCGCCGAAACUGGAAGACAUGGAGACCCACACCCAAGUUGGAUACCCGGUUUGCAGGACCCUACCCAGUUCAGGAACGGGUAGGACGCCGAGCUUACCGAAUCACAUUGCCAGCAAACCUUAGGGUGCAUGAUGUGUUCCAUGUCUCCAUGCUCGAGCCAGCAAGAACAAGUUCUCUUCCUCAACGUGCUGAACAGCCCACCAUACCAUCACUUCCAGAUGAGGACCUCGAUUUCGAAGUCGAAGCACUCAUCGACAAGCGUUCACACAAUGGGACUACGGAGUACAAGGUGUUGUGGAGAGGGUACUCAGAGGAAGCUGCUUCAUGGGAACCAGUAGAGAACCUCAACUGUCCCGACCUCAUCCAGGAGUAUGAGGUGUCGGAGGGGGGACGAGUGAGUAGACAGAGUGGAGAGAGGAGGAGAGAACAGGAGGAGUAG